AUGUCGGACCCGGGUUCUGGCGUCCAGCAAGCCGUCAGUGAUGUGCUAUCUAAUGUCCUCGCCGGCUUCGCCCUUCCAGUACCAACACCGACUCCACAUCCACCUACAUCUAUCAAACAUGCCUCCCAGAAAGAUUCUUCUAUCAACAAUACAUCUCCAUCUUUGAUCGAUGCGAAUGCCACCACACUCGACUACUCCCUCGACGCCACAGCCACCAUCCGCCUCAACACCUCCUGGACGGUCCUCACCGGCUUUGAGCUCACACAGGUACAGUUUGGUGUACGCAUCUCCAAGCAGGCUGCCCAGCAGCCCACACUUAUCUCGCUGAGUAUUCUCGCUCUACUUUCAGUCGACAAGGUCCCCGUCCGCGUCGUCGGCUGGGUUCCGCAGAUCGGCAUCCAGGCUGACGGCUCCAUCACGUCGCCCGUCGAGCUGCACUUCCGGCUCGAAGCAGCCAGCUGCCUCAGCUCGAUCAGCGCAAAGCCCUUGGUUGCUAUUUGCGCUGGCACCGACUCCAAUCAGGGCUCGGCAGCCAGUGCCUUGUCGAACAGCCUGCUGAGCCAAGUCGGGCCAGCUUCGUAUGAUUCCGGCAAUGGACUGGCUACCCACGCAGAUAUCGUGGUCGUGCGAGAUCCUGCUUCUGCGGCUCCCUCCAGCACUGACAAUGGAGAGUCAAAUGGACCAACGUACUAUUUACGCAAGUUCGACCGGGUCGACACAGCUCUAAGCAUCUUCCGCAAGAGAGCAAGUGACCCGUUCGAUGGCUACGUCGACGUCUCAGGAACUCUUGCAGUCAAAACAAAGACGACUUUGAAAGCUACGUCAAUUCUGUUGAGGGGUAGGAUAUGGUGGGAGAAGGCCAAAGUUUCAGUUGCAGUCUGGUGCGAAAUCGGGACCGAAAGCACCGUCAGCCCAAUCGAGGUUGUUGGCGUUUUAACUGCUGGCAGUGACACAGCAAGUGAGUCCCAGAAAGCCUUUUCACCCCCACCGGGCAUCAAUAAAUAUCCCGAUGCCAACGGUAGGAAUGCGUUCCGCGUGUUUGCCGUCUUUGAGAUGCCGCUGGGUCCCUCGGGUGGAAGUAAUGGCGGCUGGCAACUAUCCGAAGUUCGUUCGGCCUUGAUCAUGCGAGUGUAUUGGGAGCCUCUGCCAGAUGUUAUGCUGAAAGAGGUCGUUGAGGAGAGAAAACGGAUGAUCCCACCAGACCGAGCGCACCUGGACCCAAACCCAACUCUACCUCCACCUCUUACAAGCGACGAGAGUGGCAAUGUGAAUGAGAUGGCCUACAGCGCAUUUGUUAGUGGGAGAAUCUCACUGGGUGGCAACACCCUCCAUGUCUCAGCCUCGUACCAAUCCAACACGGAUAUGCUCUCGCUGCGCUGCGACGUACCCGAGGAGAGCGUCACCUCACUCGUUGCGGUAGUGAGAGACCCCCAGCUAGCCUCCUUCUACGGCCACAAGCCCCAAACCAAAGAUCCCAAGCCGCUGUUUGCCCUACUGGAAGAAGAAGAAGAGGAGGAAGAAGAGGAGGAACAGCAAGACGAUGAAGAAGAUGGCGAUUCCGUCACUAGCUUCAGGACGGCUAUCAGCACGUACGGCAUUGCCUCUAGAAACACCACCAACACUGACCAGGAUGCUGUCAACGACGUCCUCAAGACAAUGCAGUUCCCAGGCAAUUGUCCCGUAAGCCCUACAUGGGCUAACUCUCCAUUUAUGGGCCGCCAGCGGUACUGCGUUGUGUGUAUACAGGAUUCCAGCAUCGACCACAUAUCGUUUGCUGCCAACUUUUCCAAAGUCGACUGGACCAUUGUCAAGGUCCGGAUCUCAGCUACUCCGGUGCCCAGCGGCAGAAUCACAAAUAUCACCCCGGCCCGAAUCUUGAACGAUCCCCUCUUCUCCUCGACACUGCAUCUGCCUGUGCCGGCCAAGGGGGAAACUUGGGAUCUGCCAGAUACGGUUCCUAGUACUGGCCCCGAUACGGCGCUGCAGUCACUGGCCGCAGACCUCGUUCUGAGCUUCUCUACUGUUGCGUCUACCUCCUCGGAAGCUGGUGAUCAAAUGACUCUGCAGUAUGCUCAAGCCAGUGCAUCUAUCACAGGCAGCUGGGAACUCCUUCCAGGCCUGGUGCUGGAGAAGCUUAAUUUUGCCGUGCUCAUGUACGCUCCAACAACCGCGAGUGGUACAGCAAAGACAGUUGAAGUUCAUCUCGGGGGCCUCUUUACUUUCACACCGACGUCGUCGACGGGUCCUGCGUCCCUACAAGUUACAGCAUCAUUUGAAAAGACAAGCUCGUCCAGAUUCUUUGCAAGCAUCAGCGCAGAAUCUUCGACAUCAACCUCUGAUGAUGGCCAGGAGAAGAAGGCCCUCGGGAUGACGCCCAACACCCUGCUGGCUCUUCCUGAAUUUGGAGCCCAGCCCCUAACACAGGCUGAGACUGAAGCCGGCGAACUUGUUAUCCCUUCGGCCUUCCCCGUGCAAGAAUCCGAUCUGGUUGCGGCGACGACUAUAUCGUGUGAGAUUGACGUACUUAAGACUACCAAUGCCGUGGGUUAUGCUACUCCAGAGUGGAAACUCUCCAGUAUGCUGUUCUUAUUGAGUGCAACACCCACCCAGGCCGUUGAUCUUCUUCCGGGCGUACUCUCCCUCUCUAGUAUCUCGCUGUUGCUUAUUUUUAAGAAUGACCUUGCGUCUGUUACGCUAUCGCGUAGUAUUAUGUUUACAGCAGAUGCUACUAUGAAGCUCGGCGUGUUACUGACUCUAUUAACCCGUAUUGAAUUCUUUCAGAAAAAAAAGCAAAAGGUGUUGCGCUUCUUAGCAAUUGCUGCGCCACAGGAUGUCAACCUGGCCGUGCAAGCGCUCACCUUGCAGCCUCUGUCUUCUCUUCUCCCAGAUGGAGCUCCUCCACUGGUGGGAAGUGGUAGUACUGUUCUAUUGCUUGCGUUUGGGUUUACCUGUAUAGGUUCGAUUGGUAGUGAUAAUGCCAGUGAGUCCUUCUUGUUAUCUGAAAUCUGGGUUUCGUUCGAUCCGGCCCAAAUAUGGACUAUCGGCCCUCUCUCACUUACGUCACUGUCUGCUUCUAUCUCAUGGUCUGCCUCGUCUUCUUCCUCUCGAGGUCAAGUGAAAGGAAACGCCACUUCGGUGCAAUUAUCAGCCACAGCCGUCAUUGGCAACAUCCCCACCAUGCUGGACAUUUUAUACCUGCCCUCUUCGGGAACUUCAUCCGGCGAGACGCUGUCCUUUAGCGUCUUGGCCACCAAUCAUCUAUACCUCAAAGACCUCAUAUCCCUCGGGAAUACUUCUACGGUUCCUGUUCCCGAAGCGGAACCCCGCGAGUGUCCCGACUUUGGUCUCAUCCCACUCGCCUCGCUGACGGGCAUGUUGUCCCGGCCCCAGCCCACGCCUGAGACGCCCAACCCGUCAUUUGCCCUUACAACAUUCGACGCUGCUGUCCACUCAUCUACCAGCAUUAAUAUUAUGCCGAUAACCCCUGAUCUCAGCCUGGUUCUGCAGAAGCUUUCGUUCUUGUGGACGUAUCACGUUGGAGCCACACCCCCCAACAAGGCUAGUAUUUAUGCCCUGCUGGAGCUCGGCCCUGCCACACUGCAGCUCGUCUACUCUCAGGACUCGAACAAGAACGACGUGUACGCAGGUGUUCUUGCCGUGGGAAGCUCGCCAGCAGAAUACGACAGUAUUCUCAGCUCUCUGCUCCCAGGAACCGCGUAUGCUAUCGAUCAGGAUCUCAAUGCGCCUCCGGCAAGUGCCCUCCCCAUGGCGGCUGUUGCAGCUGUCGUGACGAGGAAUGUGGGUGCCAAGAUCUCUGCACAGGCUAGCGGAGGGACUUCGAACCCGUGGACGUUGCCAUUUGAGAAGGUGACUCUCGCUCUGGACUCUGUGGGCAUCGACGUGCAAGUGGGAACUAACCUCUUCCUUGUGCGCAUCGACGUUGCUCGUGCCGGUGUGACUAUCACCAAUACACUCCACGAGGAUAUCAACUGGUGGUUCAUGACACUGCAUAAGCCGUCCCUGUCCAUCUCAUCACACUCCUCCACAGGAACUGGACCCUCGUUUACGAUCGCCACGGAUGCUUCCUUCUUCGACUUCGACACGACCAUCAAAACGUCCAUCACGUACAUCCCACCAGCCUCUGACAAGGAAUAUCCCACGUAUGAGGCCAUGCUAGUCUUGCCGGACCCCUUCCCCUCUGUUUCACUUCUUUGGAGCGACGGCGCUUUUGGCAUCGGGGGUUGGAAUUUUCAACCCUACUGGGGUGAGGUGCUCAGGACCCGGGGCAUUGGCAAGCUCGAGGAUGCCAUUCGUGAGGCCUCCAAACCCACAGGAUCGUGUACUUGUGAGGAAAUGGUGGAUUUGAUAUUCGAAGACGUCGUCAAGACGAAAUUCAACUUUUCAUUGGGAAAGCCUAAAAAGGGAACUAAGUUGCUGGAUGUGGAUGACAAGGGCAACGCCACGCUCAACGGGUCUCUGCACAUCACAAUCGAUAUUGUCAUUAACUUGGCCGAAUCGGAAGCGUCCGGGAUUGAAACCACGGAGCCGCCCCUCAUCAAGGAUCUCGAUAUCGGCACGUGGCCCGUCUCGCUGACCGGUCCGUUUAAGAAGGAUGAGCUUUUCGCAAUGUUCCUUAACACGGUGAGAAACAACUUUGUACAGCUUGGCAAGGCGAUUCUCGAGGAUGGAUCAAAGCCUAUAGCCAAAUUGACGACGUUCAUUCUCACCAAAGAUCUUACCCGCAAGCUAGUCAAGUCGCUGCUGUGCCGGGACGUCAACGAGAAGCGCGUUGUGGAUGCCGGAAACAAUCAGGUUGGGUCUGACCAGGAUGUUGCCUUCGAAGAUGUCGUCAAGGUAGUGAGCAAGCUUGUCUCAGCCAUCAAGACGGCAAUAGACAUCGGAAUUGGCAUUGGAUGUGCCCUGUUUUUCGGGUUCUUGGUGGUUCUUGGCAUAGCCGGUGCCGUGGGAAAAGAAAUCUCAAAGCUCAUGAAUGAUCUUUACGAGGACGGAGGGUUGGGCAAGCUCUUGACGAGCUUGGAGAAUAACGAAAAGAGGGACAAUCUUCUUGCGCGGCAGAAGGAGAUUCUCGAUGCACUGGCGACUGCUGAAGCCCGCAAAGCAGAGCUAAUACAACACAUGCAAGAAGCCAUGGCGCUCAAGGGAGUCCCGUCGCUAACACUCAACGAUCCUCCUCUUGUCCCAAGUCUCGAGACGCUGCUGGUCGACUGGACGAAUGUCGUCCCGAACUCGCUGAAACCAGACCCAAGCGAACAGCCCCCUCCCGAACUGUCCAGCCUCGUUUGGAAUGUCCUCGUCGGCACCACCAGCGAUCCUACCGUGGCCAAGCAGGUAGCUACCGUGGCGUACCCUGCAACGACGGCUUUGCUCAACACAUCGGCUUUCACGGCCGGGACACUGCAUGUGUGGGUGCGUGUUAACCUGGUCAGCAGUGACAAGACCUCUGUGACUGCAGUGCCUGGCCCGGUGGCCACGCUCGACUUUGUCCCCCGGGCUUCUGCUCCCACGAGCGUCGUGUUCGUCACGGAGGGCUUAUCAACUGCGUCAACUAUGGUACAGAUCAAUGUGGAAGGCGUCGAAAAUGGCGGCACGUAUGGCUUGUACGUCGUUCCGGCGGGCAUCACCACCAUUGACUCGCCACUAUUCUCCCAGUCGAUGGUAGUGAGCACUUCCGCUACCAAUCCCACCUUUUCCCAACUUAGUUUCCCGCUAUUUGCGCUUCGUGCCAUUCCAAGUGGCGUCACUGGGUUGAGCGUUCUCGUCCAGCAUGCGUCGACGGAUAACACCAAGUUCCGACCCUCUGCAAUUUGUGCUUCGUCUCAGUCCGUAUCACUGCAGCAGCAUGGUGAUUUUUCACAAUUUCAGAGCUGGACAACCAACGAGCCAUCAUCCACGGCGGUGCUCCAGUGGAGCCAGCCACAAGGUCAAGCCGUGGCGUUCGAUAUCGUCAUGCUCGACUCCCUGACAUCCAAAACCCCCAUCACCUGUACGCAAGCACCCGUUCCAGGAGCAUCUGCUGUCGAGCUGGUGUUUGCCGAGCUGUUACAGUCGCAAGCCACGCUCUUCUUUGCUAUUCGUCAACGCGUGAUCCCAGCCCAGUCAGGAAUGGUGGUGCCGUAUCUGCUUGCUCAAGCGUCCGUCACCCACCAGCCCGCGCCCACAGCCUCGGGUAUCUCGUACGAUGCUGCAACUCAUAUCCUUUCCCUGAUCGUCUCGCUUGGCACGGUGCCCCUGUUUCUGAGCCAGACAGUCAUGCUCGCCCUGCAGCCAAGCGGAACAACCGUCCCUUGCCAUCUUGCCCCCCAAAAUCCGCCUCAGUUUCCAACCGGCGUACCCGUUGCCGUCACAGCAUCAUUAGCUAAGGUCGACAAGAACGUCGUCUCAUCAACUCAAAGCAUCUGCGUCGCUCUCCAGACACCAGGGCCCAAAGAGGGCCAGCCGACGUUGGGCCCUUGGUCGCCAUCACUGCUAUUUCCACAAGUGCCAGCCGCCCUCAAUAUCUCCAUGGCCAUGAUGACUUUGUCUGAGGAAAACACCAUUCGCUUCUCAUGGUUGCCUCCCAAACUCCCCGCGGGAUCCUCAUGCAAGAUUGUUUUUGUUCCGACGCCCAAUACCAGCCGCUCAGCGCUUGAGCCCAUUGUCACUCCCGCGGAUCCUGGAACCAUCUUGCUCAGCUCGUCCCAGCUGGGGAGUAAGCGCUGGUCCAAGGUCUCGUUCCUUCAAACGACGUAUUACAGCAUCCCAGGAGUCACCGAUAGCACGGUCUCGCAGACGUUCGUGUUCUACCGCGCACCCAUUACGGCUCUCACACGUCCACCGGACGGAAACCGUAACAACUUCAUCACGUUAUCAACCAGGGAAACAGCUGUCAUUGCCAACGAAUCUAGCCUUAUUUGGGUCAAUGGAUCGGAUCAAAACUUGCAAUACUUCAGCGUCUUGUUCUCCGGCGAAACAACCUUGGGCGCCGUCACCAUCGACACCCAGGCGAAACGGUAUGAAGAUGCGAGCACGUGGGCUGCCACCAUACCCAACGCGCAGACAAGUAAGUACGGCUCGAAGAUGGCGUCGUACUAUUCCAAGGGCAAGUUGUUCAUCUUCUGGGCCUCGGCGGUGGACAUGGCGGUGCGCUUUGUCUCAACAACGACAACCCCCGCCCAGCGCUCAGGUAACCCUGGCACCUGGACGAGCGAGGCUGUGGCACCUUUCAACAAGGAAGGAGAUGCAUCCAUUGAAAAGGGCGGUGCGAUUGCAGCUCUUGAUAACAGCGAAAUUCCGUUUAUGAUAUGGCAGGCACCGAAUUACAAUUUACUGAUUGCCUGGGAAAGGCGUGACAAUGGCGGAUGGACCCAUGGCACGCUUCUCGCUCACGAAGAUCGCAGGAUAGUAAGCCUCAUUGUCGUCAAACUGCUGGAGCCUCCAAAUGCCGUCUCUCCUCGUCCAGUCAACCCCGCCGAGGGACCCGUCUUUGGCGGGCUUGCGGCUUGGUCGACAGAGGCCGGUAGACUGAUGCUACAGGUAGUCGGGUCCGGGAGAGAGCCUGAGGCCAUCCCCACCGGUGAUCUUGCUCCGGGAGAAUUGGCCAUUCAUCAAACGUUGGAUUCGGACGGCUCUGUGGUGGUUUUGGUGUUUUACACCGACAGCUAUGAGUUGGGGUGCUCGAUUGGUCGGAUGAAUGGAUCAGCCACACCUCCCCCAUGGACUACGAUCCGUGUUGCUACACAGAACUACGCCCACGACUCCUCGCCUAUACGUAUCUUCCGUCCAAGUAUGUCAGGCUCAAAGGAAACGUUCUUGGUUGUGUGGUAUGAUAGCUGGGGUGGGAUGAUGGUGGCUGUGCCGUCAAUGGUGGUCGAUGGCCAGACGGGGCGCAAGUCGCUAGCGUUCUCGGUGCAGACAUUUCCGAACCUCUCACGUGGGACGGUUGAUCCCGGUGGUUUGCGGAUGAAUAUGAGUGUAGCUGUGGCGAAGGGGAAGCCGACUAUGUGGAUGAUCUUUCCGGCGAGUGGGAAUGGAACAUUUUUCGGCAUGCCGUUUACGUGUGGGCUGCUGCAAGAGAUUCAGGUGCCGGAUAUAGAUGGUCGUAGAGAGGAUUCUAGAUAA